CUCCAGCCCCUGAAAAAAUCUUCAUCCAGGGCCCUAAAUGACCCAGCCCCACUGCUGCCAGACCGCUCUCCUUGACGACUCCACGCCCCGGUCCCUAGAUAACCGUCCUUCUAAUGCCUUAACUUCCAGUGACUUCCAUAUCAUCAAUCCCAUCCUGUCCCGAUGUGGCCUUUGGCUUGCGGGGGGCCACCUGCCUCAGGGAACCGCUGGAGCCCGGGACAUGUCGCGAUUGAGGAGAUACGAGGUGGCGCUGGAAGCGGAGGAGGAGAUCUACUGGGGCUGCUUCUACUUUUUCCCUUGGCUGCGAAUGUGGCGCAGGGAGCGGAGCUCGGCGCACCCCCGGGAGCAGAAGCUGGAGCCUCUGCGGGGCCUAAUGAGCUGUUUGUCGAGCGGCCUGAGGCCUGCUCCCCAGCGCUCAGGUCGUGGUCUCCUCUGUCGCACCCCCACCAGCGCUGCACAGACAGCCGGUGCAUUAAAGAUUUAAAGUCACGCCCACUGCCUUCCUGACUUUACCGCCGCAGCCGCCAUUGGUGCUGGGAAUCCCACUUCACACCUGCUGUUUUCUUACCCACAGGGCGUCCCUCCCUGGUAGGAUGCCCUUGCAUGUCAAGGCCUCCGUUGCUCCUAAGGGCCCCUAAUUAUCGUCAUCUUCUAAUUACUAUCAGUGACUGGCUCCCUGCCACACCCUCCCCAAAAGCACCCACACAGUAGGCCACAUAUUUCCCCCACUUAUCAGUGUUCCCACAACUCCAGCUGUUACUGCCUUCCUCUAGCUGGAACUUGGCCAAAUCUCUGAAGAGUCUUCCCUUCCUGAGAGUGAAUCUAAAACAUUUUAGCCAAACAGAGUCAGCGAGAGGAAGGAUCAGUUCCUAGAAGCUGCCUCUCACAGUCUUCCCAAGAGAGUGACAAGGGUUAAGGGUCUAAGGCUUUUCCUACAGCUAAAACCCCAAACCGGCUCCCUCCAGUCUGAUCCUUUUUUUCGUUUAUUUGUUUCUUUUCUUUUCUUUUUUUUUCAUUACGAGUGUGUGUGUGUGUGUGUGUGUGUGUGUGUGUGUGUGUGUGUGCCUGCCCACCACAGCCCAUGUGCACGCAGAGGCCAAAGCACAACUUGAGAGAGUCCAUUCUCUUUCUACCAUAUGGGUUCCAGGGUGCAAACUCUGUUCCUCAGGCUUGUCACCAUGGCCAUCUUGCCAGCCCCUGACCCCAGUUUUGAAAAUACUUGGCAUCCCUAGAAGAGCCCUGCCACCCAUUUUUAUCCUGCCAACUCAAAUCACUCUGGAACCAACUCUUGCAGUGGCAAGAGUCCCCAUAGACACCCACUCCAGCACCAGAAAGGGGAGACAGCCUGGAUUUUGGCUGAGCCCAAAGCUGACUUUUAACCUGGCACAGCCCCUGCCAUAGCCAUUUGUGCUGGAAAAGAAGGCUUGGCCUUUAUAUCUUUGGAGACGCCAAAGAAGAGAUGGGUACACAGCCAGGAAAAUGUUUCUCCUUUCCAAAGAUCUCUAGAUUGACAAGUCCAGAAGAGCUCACAAAUAGGCAGCUAGCUAACAAAACAAAUAGACAGGAUGAUACAACCUGGGGAUUUUGGGGGUGGGGUGCUACACCCAAGCCAUGGAACAAAGGUCUAGAAAGGGAUUAAGAGAUACCCUGAAGCCUCGGGUACCAAAACUUCAGGACGAGUAGCCUCUAGGUUGUGGUUACUUCCAAAUACCUAAAACUGUGCAAACUUUAGCUGUCUCCUCACGGUGUUUGCAUCAGAGACCCCUUCAAAGGCUUUGUCUAGCUCUGGGCCUCAUCCAGACAGCUAGAAGGCCUCUGAGACAGUGUCCAGAAGGGCCUUUGGGUCUCACCCUCUUCAAGAGGAAGCAAGACUUAGAUUCUCAGCCUAGCUAUAGCAGAACAAGCUGCCCAGAGAUCAUGGCAGUCCAAGAGCUCUAUCUACAGAUGACUGACCUCCGAGCAGAAAACACAACAUAUAGAUAAGGGGUGGAUUCUUAGGGUUAUGGCUCAGUUUGUAUUUCAAAUCCAGAACAAGACUUGAAAAUUGAAGUCCCCAGAUUAUGUGUCUGGACCAUUAACCCGACCAGCGUGCCCCACCCCCAGCAGAUUAUAGCUUUCCAGAAAGAACUGCCUCAAGAUGAGCGGGGCUUUUGCCUGGAAGAGAAGGAAGGGAAUAGUAGAAUGGGGUGCUCAGAGUUUGGGGAAAUGGGUAUUUCUGAACCUGGGUUGGGAGGUGUAUGUUCCUUCAAGCCAGAGUGUAAAGAGGAUGCAAUUUGAA